AUGUUUUGGAAUGAUGAAUUCAACGUGCAGGUUAGAACUUUUUCUGCACAUCACAUCGAUCUAGAGAUCAGAGAAGGACCGGGUGAUCCGCAAUGGAGAUUGACGGGUUUUUAUGGUUAUUCUUGCACGACAGAAAGAGACCGGUCUUGGCAAUUGUUGAGAGAUUUGCAUGAUUUGGAUGCGCUGCCAUGGGUGGUUAUAGGGGAUUUUAAUGAAAUCCUCAAUAACAGUGAGAAGGUUGAUGGUCCUCUUCGAACAGAGAGGCAGAUGCGGGGUUUCCGUGACGCGCUGGGUUAUGGUGACAUGCUCGAUUUGGGUUAUCAAGGAGUGAUGUCUGCCUGGUGGAACUCGAGUACAAGACUGAGGCUGGAUAGGGCGGUUUGCACUCCAUGUUGGUUUGACAUUUUCGGGUAUGCUAGGGUUCGCCAUCUACCUCCUAGUGACUCUGAUCAUGUCCCCAUUCUUCUACAGGCUAGCCCUACUUCAGUUUCUCAGCGGCCACGACACAAAUGCUUCAAAUUUGAAGCGUUUUGGCUCAAGCAUGGUGACUGCAAUGGGGUGGUGAAGGACGCCUGGUCUACUAAUGUGGUGGGAAGUCCCAUGUUUAGUGUUGUUAGAAAAAUUGAGCAUACACGUUUGAAGCUAGAUGUUUGGCAGAGGCAGACGUUCAAGGAACGACAACAACAAAUGAUGGGCAUUAGGGAAAGGUUGGAAAUCCAUCUUAAUACACCGAACUCAUCAAAGGUUCAAAAUGAGAAGAAAUAUCUCAUGGGGCACUUACAAAUAUUCCUGUCGCAGGAGGAGGCUUUCUGGAGGCAACGGUCGAAGGUCGUUUGGUUGAAGGAGGGUGACAGGAACACAGGAUUCUUUCAUAGGAAAGCUGCUAAUCGGGAAAGAAAAAACACUAUUCCGGGAUUGUAUAGUGAGAAUGGUCAGUGGUGUGAUGACGAUGAGGGAAUGGAAAAAGUUGUUACUGACUAUUUCACAAACAUGUUCAGUGCUUCAGACAUAGAUUUGGAGGCUGUAGAAACUACACUGGCGGCUAUACAUCCUUGUGUUACACAGAGUAUGAAUGAGCAGUUGUGCGUAGUGUGUUCUCAUAAGGAGAUACGAAAUGCAUUAUUUCAGAUGUAUCCCACCAAGUCCCCUGGACCAGAUGGGAUGCCACCCCUUUUUUUCCAACACUAUUGGGACGUUGUUGGUGCAGAAGUCACAGAGGCAGUUCAAGGCUUUAUGCAGUCAGGGAGAUUGAUUACGGAUAAUAUUCUUGUAGCCAAUGAGAUUGCUCAUUUUGUUCACAAUAAGAAAGAGGGAGGUGAUAGGUUUAUGGCUCUGAAGCUUGACUUAAGUAAGGCGUAUGAUCGUAUGGAGUGGACCUUCUUGAGGAAAGUUCUGGAUAGGUUUGGGUUUGCUUAUUCUUGGAUUGAGAUGGUGAUGCAAUGCGUUACCACUAUUAGUAUGUUAUAUGCUCAAGCUCCUCUUGAGGAUUGCUACCAAAUUCAGAAUGUUAUUGAAACAUAUGGGCGAGCAUCGGGACAACUUGUUAAUUUUGAUAAGAGCUCGGUUGUUUUUAGCAAAAAUAUUUCGUCUUUCAUGCAAGAGGAAGUGUCGAGUUUGAUGGGAGUGGAGGUGGUUGCCUCUCAUGAGCGGUAUCUAGGGUUACCCACCUAUGUGGGUAGGAAGAAGACUUCAACUUUCCAUUACAUAAAGGAGAAUCUGGCUAAGAAACUUUCUUGUUGGCAAGGGAAGCUAUUAAGUGGAGCAGGGAAAGAUAUUCUGAUUCGAGUAGUGGCUCAAGCUUUGCCGAGCUAUGCUAUGAGUGUCUUUCAAUUGACAAAGGAUUUUUGUGAGGAUCUUGAGCAUAUGUGUGCUCGUUUUUGGUGGGGUAGCACUAAUGAUAAGAGGAAAAUCCAUUGGAAAACAUGGAACGCUUUGUGCAAUCCAAAAGAAGAAGGAGGAUUGGGGUUUCAAAGUUUAUCAAAUUUUAACUUUGUUUUGCUUGCAAAACAAGCUUGGAGGGUGCUUUGCAAUCCUAAUUCUCUUAUUGCUCGUAUUUAUAAAGCGAGGUACUUUCCAACUGAGACCUUUUGGACAGUAGACCUACAUCCUUCUCCGUCAUACUCUUGGAGAAGUAUAUUCUCUACAAGGGAACUACUUCAACAGAGUGCCUAUUGGCAGAUUGGGAAUGGUGUCAAUGUAAACAUCUGGUCGGAUUCUUGGAUACCUAAUUUACAAAAUGGUAAGCCAGAUAUCAAUGAAGCGGCUUUGGCAGAGGUGGAUAUUUGGCGGCAUAAGUGGAUACCAGAUACCUUUCCUCGCUGCCCUUCUUCUCCCCCUAGGGAGGAUGCUCCUCGCUUUGUAUCAGAAUUGAUUGAUCCAGUACACCGGGUUUGGGAUGUGCAAACAUUGAAUUUAUUCUUCUCUCCAGCAGAUAUUGAUCUUAUAUUGUCUAUUCCAUUGAGUCGAAGCGUUACUGCAGAUCGGGUGGUAUGGCAUUUUGACAAGAAAGGUAUGUUCACCACGAACAGUGCUUAUUUUGUUGCAAAAGAUAUUGCUUUGGGUGCUGUUUUGGCACCCCCUACACCUGUGGAUCCGCUGGCUAAGCUGUGGAAAGCUAUAUGGGGAGCUAAGUUGGAAGAUAAUUUGCAUUUAUUUUUUCAUUGUCCGUAUGCUCAAGAGACGUGGAAUGCUGCCUCUAUCAACAUGCAGGUGCCAGCCACUUUGACGUUCCAAGAGUACUUCUUGCAAUUAGCAGUUUCUUUUUCAAAGGAUGCUUUUGCUAAACUUCUUGUGAUUGUGUGGGCUAUUUGGAAGAAUCGGAAUAGCCAGCUAUGGGACAAUACAAAGCAGCGACCAAGUGAGGCGUCUAUGCUUAGUUUGGGAUGGCUUCAAGAAUUUUCUAAAGCUAAUGCACAAGAUGCUGAUUUGUCAAGUUUGGGUAUACUCAUCACAGAAGUGAAGGAUUUUAUGCGCAGGCAUGUUGAUUAUAAAGUAGUUCAUGUAUCUUGUGAGGCUAACAAAGUAGCUCAUGUCUUAGCAAAUCAUGCUUUGCACUGGAAUGAGAGUCAAAGUUGGUUUGUUGUUGCUCCUGAGUGUGUUCGGGAUGCCAUUCUAAGUGAUUGUAAUCACUAA